AAAGCCGAAUGUCUCUUAACAAAUGUGGAGCAGUCACCUUCACAAUCUAUGCAAGAUGCACUGCUGCCCUUAAUGAAGGCUUUAAUUUCCAAUAAGCUGUUGAAGCACUCAGAAGAGGAUGUGAAGGUUACAGUAACAUAUUGCGUUACUGAGAUAACAAGAAUAACAGCGCCAGAUGCCCCGUAUGAUGAUGAAAAAAUGAAGGUGAUUUUUCAGUUGACUGUAGAAGCUUUCAAAAAGUUGUCAAAUGUGUCUGGUGAUCGCUGUUAUACAAGGGCAUUAUCCAUUCUCGAUGCUGUUGCAAAGGUUCGUUCCAGCUUGGUGAUGCUGGAUCUCGAGUGUGACAAUUUGAUUCUUGAGAUGUUCCAUAAUUUCCUAAAACUCAUCAGGUCCAACCAUCCACCUGCUGUUUUUUCAGCCAUGGAAGCAAUUAUGACUAAUGUAUUAGAUGAAAGUGAGGAAAUCACCUCAGAUCUUCUCAGCCCUAUUUUAGCUAGUGUCCGAAAGGAAAAUUGGGAAGCGGCUUCUAUUUCAUGGAAAUUGGGAGAAAAGGUCAUCUCCAACUGUGCUACUAAGCUCCAGCCCUAUCUUAUGGGUGCAGUUAAGUCUCUUGGUGCUACUUUGGAUGACUAUGCUCCUAUAGUCAGUUCUAUAUGCCAAAAGGAAACCAACAGCAUUGAUGCUGGGAAGUAUUUGGAAAAUGAAAAGAGCUUAGAAAAGGGCACAAAUUCAAAUGAGUCAAUGCCGGUGCCAGAGAGGCAUACACCAAAUGUAAGUUGUGGAGAGAAUCCUCGAACUGAUGGUGUUUCAGAAUCAUUGAUAUCCAACGGUACAAUUGCAGCUAGUAAUGACAACACAAUGAAGGAAUCUUCAAGAAAAUCACGAAAACAUAGUAAACAGUCAAAAAUGAUAGAAACCAAAAAACCGGACAGUUUAGACUCUACGAAGGCAGAAAACACAUUAGACUCCGUCCCACAAAAAAGAGGCAGGAAACCCAACUCCUUAAUGAACCCAGAUGAAGGCUAUGAUCAUUAUUGGAUUGGAAAAGGACGGGAAAAGUCCAAGCUAUCUAAUCGCAGAAAGUCUAUUGACCAUGAAACUAAAUUUUCUCAUUCUGCCAGCCCAAAAGUGGAAAUGGCUUCUUUGCCAACAUUGGUAGAAAAGGAGUCUUCUGCAAAUGUUGAAGCAAAACCUAUAAAAUCUAAAGAUGAAGUGGUAUAUGAGAACAUGAUAAAGAUGGAAGAAAAAGCUCAGGCAAGGUCAAGGAAAUCUAAAGUUGUUAAGUCUAAGAAGGAUAAAGCAACCCUUAAUCCCGGAUGUGUCAUUUCAGAAGAGAAAGUUUCUGUUCCCUCUGAUCGGAAAGAGAAACGGCCAGUGCAUUUGGUUAUGAAGUUGAGAGUGAAGAGCACCAAUGGGGAUGGGUCAUUAGUCCAAAAGGAUGUUAUAGUGAAAUCUGUGGAUACUAAUAUGGAUAAGAAUGUUCACAAAUCAUCAACCUUUGAGAAGAAAGUUUCCCGAUCUACCAAGUUAGACAGUGAUGAUUGCUUGGAAGAAACCCCCAAGGAAAAUGAUACAAGGAAGGAUGCCAUUGUGGAAAAAGAGGUAAUGGACAUAUCAGUUGCUGGAGAGGAACUGGUUGGUAGAAGAAUAAAGGUUUGGUGGCCCCUGGACAGAAAGUUCUAUGAAGGUGUUGUUCAUAGCUUUGACCCUGUCAAUAAAAAGCACAAGGUGUCUUAUGAUGAUGGUGACGAGGAAGUAUUAAACCUCAAAAAGCAGCGAUACGAGCUAAUUGGCGGUGCUGCUCUGCCAGUUGGGGAUGAGGAGAUGGAUGUCCCAGAACCUGAAGCUUCAUCUGAUAUAGUAGACUGGGAAAGAGAAAAAGGAAAAUUAAGUCAGAAUCAGCAGCCAAGGAAGAAAAGACCAGUUUUUCAACCAGAAGGGGUAGAGCUUCAGCCAAGAGGAAUUCUAAAGCUAAAUCGGCGACGGCAAGUGGCAAAGCUGCCGAUAGUUCCAUGCUCGAGAAGCCUGUUAUCUCUGAUGAAUCACCGGACAAUUCAGGGAGCGUUGAUAACAGCUCAAAAGGAAAUGACAAACUCAUAGACAUGAUAAAAAACAAUAGACUAAGGACUACUUUGAAGUCCAAGCAGAAAUUGGGCCGGGAGUAAAGCCCUAGUAAACGAAGCAGAAUGUCUUGACACCACAAAUUCACCAGUAUUAGAGGUACGAUAAUGUCGAGAACGUCGUACCAUCAUUUUGCCAAUUAGGAAAGUUUAUAGACUAAGCUUAGUUCCUCUUUUUUUUUGUCUUUAGAAGUAGAAAAGAAACCACUCUUCAUCUAAUCUAACCAGUCUUGUAAAAGCAGUACAGCCUUCAUAAUAUAUAAACCUCCAUGUGUAUAAUCAGUUGUAGAAUGAAGAAACAAAAGCAGACAGUUUUAUGUCAAAGCUAGUUCUUUCUGGUAUCUGCAGAUAAUGAAAGUUAUAAUGCUUGAUU